UUUCAAAAACAAAAAAUAAAUAGUAUUUAAUUUUGAUGCAGAGGACAGCUGUACAUUUGAUUUAAGCGUAGCUUCAACUCCAUAACAGUCCUCUCUCUCUCUCUCUCUCAUUCUGAAAGGAAAAAAAAAAGAAAAAAGGAAAGCUAAGUGAAACAGAAAAAGACCAUCUCUGACUACACUACUCCUGAAGAUCCCAAACAAAAAAGCUUCAUAGUGAAAAAUUAUUCCUUCGUUUUCUCGAUUUCUGAAUCAGAUUUUGUGAAUUCAGAUUAGUUUCGAUUGUUUGUGGAGUCGUAUCGGAAUUGAAGUUGAUCGACUGAGAAUUGCGAGUUUUUUCUUAGAUGUCGUCAGUGUUGUUUUGGUUCUCUGGGAUAGUGUGUGACUGAUUUUUGCUUUUCAUUGGUGAUGCUUGGACUUGUGUUCUUGUGUGUCCUUUUGGUCUCUACGCCAUGUUUUAGCUUAUCACAGUAUGGGGUCACUGAAUUUGAGAGCUCUGUGAGAUUGUUUUCAGAUGAAGCUUCUGGAAAUUCUACUAGUUCUCCGAUUUCUGUGACUUGUCAAGACCUGGAUGGUGUUGGAUCGUUGAAUACCACUUGUACAUUGAACUCGAAUUUGCGAUUCGAUUCCGAUGUUUAUGUAUAUGGAACUGGUAAUCUGAACAUACUUGCACAUGUCUUAGUUGAUUGCCCUGUUGAAGGAUGUAUGAUCACCUUCAAUGUAUCUGGAACUAUUCAUUUGGGUCAAUCAGCAAGAAUUGUUGCUGGUUCUGUGGUUUUUUCUGCUAUCAACUUAACAAUGGAUAGCAAUUCGUCUAUCUACACGACAGCAUUGGCUGGACCACCACCUUCUCAGACUAGUGGAACACCAUAUGGUAUUGAUGGUGCCGGUGGAGGCCAUGGUGGGAGAGGUGCUUCCUGUGUGAAGAGUAAUAAAACGACUUAUUGGGGUGGUGAUGUUUAUGCUUGGUCGUCUUUGCAUGAUCCGUGGAGCUAUGGGAGUGAGGGAGGGGUUAAGUUAUCCACAAAGAAUAUCAGAGGCAAAGGUGGAGGUCGUGUUAAACUCAUAUUGACGGACACAGUACAUGUGAAUGGAACUGUUUCCGCAGAUGGUGGUGAUGCUGGAGAGGAAGGGGGUGGAGGAUCUGGAGGAAGUAUCUGUAUUCGUGCGGUAAAGCUGAAGGGUUACGGUAAAAUAUCUGCAUCGGGUGGGAGGGGAUGGGGUGGAGGUGGCGGAGGAAGGAUCUCUCUUGACUGUUACAGCAUACAAGAAGAUGUCAAAGUUUUUGUUCAUGGUGGCGCAAGUAUCGGGUGCCCCAAAAAUGCAGGAGCAGCUGGAACAUACUUUAAUGCUGAAUUAGUGAGUUUAAGGGUUGGAAAUGAUAACAUGACUACAGAGACAGAAACUCCUUUGCUCGAUUUUCCUACAAGGCCUCUGUGGUCAAACAUCUAUGUAGAUAAUAAUGCAAAAGUUUUGGUCCCGCUGCUGUGGACCAGAAUGCAGGUCGGAGGUCAAAUCAGUCUUUAUCGGGGAAGCAGCAUUGUUUUCGGGUUAUCAAAAUAUCCAAUUUCAGAAUUUGAGCUUGUUGCUGAAGAACUUUUAAUGAGUAACUCCGUUAUAAAGGUUUUUGGUGCAUUACGACUUGUUACGAAGAUGCUGCUCAUGUUGAAUUCUGUGAUUCAAAUUGAUGGUGAAGGAAACCCUGCAGUGCCUUCCUCUGUUCUUGAAGUUCGCAACCUUGCAGUUCUAAAGGGAAAAUCCGUCAUUACUUCUAAUACGAACUUGGGUGUAUAUGGUCAAGGAAUGUUGACGCUAUCUGGUCCUGGGGAUGCAAUUAAAGGCCAAAGACUUUCCUUAUCUCAAUUUUACAACAUAACUGUUGGACCAGGCUCUAUACUUCAAGCACCACUUGAUGAUUAUGAAAGCAAAAACGCGGUUACUCAGACCCUUUGUGAGAGCAAAACAUGCCCAAUAGAUUUAAUCAGUCCGCCGGAUGAUUGCCAUGUCAAUUAUACACUAUCCUUUUCCCUUCAGAUAUGUCGAGUUGAGGACAUUCUUGUGAGAGGACUUGUGAAAGGAAGCAUAAUUCAAAUCCACAGGGCGAGAACGGUAGUAGUUACUGAUGAUGGCUUGAUAACUGCAUCUGGAUUUGGUUGCAGUGCUGGGUUGGGGAAGGGACUUUAUUCAAAUGGGGCUGGUAGUGGUGCUGGGCAUGGAGGACGAGGGGGAUCAGGCAUUUUCAAUGGGAGAGUAUGCAACGGAGGACAUACCUAUGGUGAUCCUGAUUUUCCCUGUGAGUUAGGAAGCGGAGCAGAGAGUCCAGAUAAAUCAUAUGGGAAUGUGACUGGUGGAGGGAUGAUAGUAAUUGGCUCCAUCCAGUUUCCUCUUUUGACUCUUAAUCUGCGGGGAUCUCUGAGCUCUGAUGGUCAAAGCCUUUGGAAGCCAACAGCGAAUGGUAACAGAUCUUUGGUCGGUGGAGUUGGUGGGGGAUCUGGUGGGACGAUUCUUCUUUUCCUUCAGAUGCUUGAACUCUCAAAGAAUUCAUCUCUAUCAGUUCGAGGGGGCCGGGGUGGGCCUCUUGGGGGUGGUGGAGGUGGAGGAGGGAGACUUCACUUUCACUGGGACAUGUUACAUACUGGGGACGAGUAUUCUCCUGUUGCAAUUGUCAAGGGGUCCAUUAGUAAUAGAGGAGGUGCAGGGGACAAUGGAGGUCGAUUCGGGGAAGAGGGAACAAUGACUGGGAAAAAGUGUCCAAAGGGACUCUACGGUACAUUCUGCUUGGAAUGCCCCAUUGGCACUUACAAGAACGUCGAAGGCUCUGACAAACGUCUUUGUACUCCCUGCCCGCCUGAGCAUCUUCCAAGUCGUGCAAAAUUUGUAUACGUACGAGGAGGAGUUAGCGAACCUGUUUGUCCCUAUAAAUGUGUAUCAGAAAAAUACAGAUUGCCAAACUGCUAUACACCUCUGGAAGAGCUUGUCUAUACAUUUGGAGGGCCAUUGCCCUUUACUCUUCUUCUAUCUUGUGUGGUGGUAGUUUUGGGUCUGUUGCUAAGCACAUUAAGUAUCAAAUUGCUCAGGUUGAGUUUCUAUGGUGCUAAUUCCAUUGAACACCAGAGUGCACAUUGUUUACCCCAUCUUCUGUCACUCUCUGAGGUUCGAGGCGCAAAAUCUGAGGACACGCAAACCCAUGCUUACCGUAUGUACUUCAUGGGUCCAAACAAUUUCAGGGAACCUUGGCAUCUGCCCUACUCUCCUCCUGGUGCAAUCAUAGAGAUAGUGUACGAAGAUGCUUUUAACAGCUUUAUUAAUGAAAUAAACUCUACCGCAGCAUAUGAUUGGUGGGAAGGGUCUGUGCACAGCAUUCUUUCAGUUCUUGCAAAUCCUUGUGCCUGGUCGUGGAAACAAUGGCGUCGCAGGAGAAAAAUUCAUCGCCUUCAAGAAUAUGUCAAAUCUCAAUAUGACCAUUCUUGCCUCCGCUCAUGCAGAUCUAGAGCUCUCUACAAAGGGAUGAAGGUUGGAGCCACUCCGGAUCUGAUGGUUGCAUACAUAGAUUUCUUCCUUGGCGGUGACGAGAAGCGUGUAGAUAUGGUCUCUAUUAUACAGAAAAGAUUCCCAAUGUGCAUACUUUUUGGAGGAGAUGGAAGUUAUAUGUCACCCUAUAGUCUCCAUAGUGAUACACUGUUAACAAAUCUUCUUGGCCAGCACAUCCCACCGAGUGUUUGGCACCGGUUUGUUGCUGGUUUAAAUGCUCAGCUUAGGACUGUGAGGCACGGAUCAAUUCGGUCAGCAUUACUUCCUGUCAUUAGGUGGAUAAACAGCCAUGGAAAUCCUCAACUCGAAUUCCAUGGAGUAAGAAUUGAACUUGGAUGGUUUCAAGCUACAGCUUCUGGAUAUUACCAACUUGGUAUCUUGGUUUUUGUUGGCGAUUUUCCUCUGAACACUGUAAACAGAUCACUGUCGUUCAGCAGAAGUGACGACGAGUCCCCUGGGAACAACUCUGCAUGUCCAAGCAAAUCUCUUAUCGAGUUGCAGCAAAACUUGAUCCAACCAGGACAUGGAUUAUCUCGGAAGAGGAUCAAUGGUGGAAUCAAUGGAGGCCUCAUCAAUGAGAUUUCACUAGAAUCUUUGGAGUAUCGAAGGGAUUUACUUUUUCCAUUUUCUCUCUUAUUGAACAACACUCGACCUGUUGGGCGUCAGGAUACUCUUCUCCGUUUUAUUUCCAUCCUUCUCCUUGCUGAUCUUUCAGUUACGCUACUUGCAUUACUUCAGUUCUAUUGGCUUGCCCUUGCAGCCUUUCUUGCUAUCCUCCUGAUUCUCCCUCUCUCCCUUCUUUGCCCAUUCCCUGCCGGCCUUAACGCUUUAUUAAGUAAAGAAAUGAGAAGAGCCUCACUUACUCGUAUCUACGGCCUGUGGAAUGCUACAUCUCUAACAAACGUCAUUGUGGCUUUCAUUUGCGGUGUCAUUCAUUCCGGGUUUUUCACUGACGAGCUACCAAACAUCUGGAACGCCAUAAGGGAUGAUGAUAAAUGGUGGGUAUUACCAACAUUCCUCUUGUUACUCAAGUCAAUACAAGCUCGGUUCCUUGAUUGGCACGUCGCAAAUCUAGAAGUACCAGACUUUUCUCUUCUUUGUCCAGAUCCAGAUACCUUCUGGGCAUAUGAAUCUGGAGCUUGACCAUCAACAUGAUUAUAAAGAAAGACCAGCAAAAGAUAUAUCUUAUUUUUCAUGUAAAUCUUUUAAAAGUACAAAGUUCUUCUCGGUGAUAGUUGUUAAAAACAGUUCUCUAGAACAUCUGGUUAUAUAUCUGGUGCUGAAUUAGGAGUUCGCCAGAUCAAUGGUAGUUGUAGAAACUAGAGCGAUAGUAUGUAAUGCUUAAUGUUUUGCAACAACAUACAAAUCUGGAACACAAUGGUGACUAAUGCUAAAACCUAACCGAAGUUUUAAUUUAAUCAAAUAUAUUUCGUGUUUAUACAUUAAA